AUGGUCGUAGGUGCCAAGGACGCCGCGGUCACCGCGUGCGCUGCUGGCACCGCAGGCGCCGCAGCCGCCGUUGCUCCUCCUCCGUCUUGGCCAGCCUUCGGUAUGCCUCCCGGCGACGCGCCGUACGCCGCCGCUGCCGCCCACGGCGUUGCGCCCACGCCACCCAUGGCCGCGCCCGCGGCGCCUCUUCCUGCGCCCGCGCCGCCCGUGGCCGCGCCCGCGGUGCCUCUCCUCACCGCGGCCCUCCUCACCGCCCAGUUCGAGGCUGCAGCGGAUCAGGAGCGGGCCCGCGCAGCUACUGCGGCCCUCCUCGCCGCCAAGUUUUCCUGGUACACCGGCACCGUUCCCAGUGAUCCCUGCUGCGCCGAGCGUGGCCCCAGUGCUUGCUCACAAGCUGGCGUCCUGCUCGACUCGCUGUGUGUUCCUUGGUUACUCCCCUGA